AUUUAAAACCAAACAAAAUGUGCGACUACCAACGCGAAUACUCUUUUGUUCUGGACGACAGCGCCUUUGAAGCCGAUGUCUCGAUGGCGAGUUUUGACAAUGGUUUUGAGAACAUGUGGGUGCAAGUCGCCGAGGAGCUGCGGCGCGAGAGGGAAAUGAACGAGCUGGACCAACUUUUCCAACAAAAGUUGAGUUUGAGUCCGCAAGCCCAUGGAGAUCAAUGGAUGUUUUAAAAGAUAUCCCAGAUGUCGAUGAUUGUGAUAUUUUUUAUAAGCUUACCAGAUCAUUUACCAGAAAAAUGACCUUCGCUGGGGCAUUUUCGAUAAAUGCCCGGAGCAUUUGUAGUCCAUUUCAGUCCAUUAUAGGUUUUUGUAUACAUCGUUCUUUAUACCGCGUUCUUUGAAGUUUAAAUUUUCGUUACCGCGCAACUAUUUGUAAAUUGUAUUCAUUUGUUAAAUAUUACGCGUUUUUUUUUUUUGUUAAUUUAUCAACAAAUCGAUUUAUACCGAACCUAUGUUGGUCUUCUAUGGCCCCUCACUGUAGCAAUCUGAAACAAGGCAAUGGUUUGCCAUCGACUCACAUUUUUUUUUUUUAUUUGUAAACAACUUCGUCCCUAGAAGAUCACAUAUUGUAUAUAAAAGCUGGAAGGAAGUAUCGAUCCUUACCAAACAUGAUUUGAUAACGUUA